AUGGAAGCAGGGGACAUCUGCAUCCGGACAGUUGCUGGUGCAGACGACGUGGGGCUCGAAGUAUUCCGUGGAUUGAAGCGUCGGAAGCUUCCACCAGACAUUAUCCUCACUGAAGGCUAUGACGCAAUCCUUCGGCUCUUAACGAGCGGGUUCUCCUGCAGAGAUGUGCUGCUUCAGCCUCACAUGGAGUCGGAGGUCUGCCACAUUCUCCGGACGCGCCCGUCACUCACCGGGCGCAGCGGGCCAACUACUAUCCUGAUUUGCAGCAUAGAGGUCAUCGAGGAGGUGACGGAGAUCUCUCUGGAAAUGGGCCGGCCCCAGCUCGCUUUCGCACUGGCCUGCCGGCGAGAUCCCCCCACCCUGCAUGCCGAGUUCCCAGGACUCACAGGGAGCCCUGCCGCACCCUUGCGGUUGGUGGUUUUAGAUGGGCUCACGGAUGCCGUGAACGUCGGCACUCUUUUCACGGUGGCGGCUGCGUUCGGCCUCUCCGGGGUGCUCUGCUCGCGGAGCUGCUGCGAUCCUUUCUGUGCACGGGCGGUUCGCACCUCUGGGGGGCUGGUCUUCCAGCUGCCUUGCUUUCAGGGGAGCCUCCCGGAGGCUCUCCGUCAUCUCCGUGCCGGGGGCGUGCUGACCCUGGCUGCGGUGGUUCAGGAUGGUGCGGUCUACUUUGAUGAGGUGCACGAACUGCCGCGGCGAUGGGCAUUGGUCCUUGGUUCUGAGCACUUCGGCGUGGAUGCAGCGGUCCGUGAAGCGUGCGACAAGUUGGUGAAAAUCCGGAUGGCAAGUGGAGUGGACUCCCUGAACGCAACCCAGUUGCGGUCAGGUGGUCACUUCGGGAGGGGUUCUUGUGCACGGAUGUGUGGAGCGGGAAGCAAGAGAAUAGCCUGCAACACUUAA